AAAAUCUGAGGUAAACAUAAGAGAACACGAUUUCACAUUAAAAGAAGCAUACGUCUCUGCAAGGGAUUAAACGGAUGUAACCCCGCCUUGAUUUUCCAGUUCUUUACGGUCUGUGUCUCCUGCCUCCGUCAGUACCGAAGGUAACUCCGCUCCGUGCGUAAAGCUGCUGAACACCACAAGGACACUGCACAGUUUCAGCUCCUGCUUCACUUCUGCAGAUCGAAGCUGUGGAAAACCAUUAUUCGAGUUUUUCCUAAACCUGCGGAAAGCAGUAAAUCAAGUCUUUUUAUUCUUUAUUCUAUUUUUUUUUUUUUUUUUUUUACAUUUUAGCUGUUUUGCUCCCAGUAGCGCAUCAUUUUUCCUACGAGCUCGUACUAAUGUCUCGCACCCGAGCCGCUGCACCGACUCGAUUAAUUUAUAAAGAGUAAACAAUGUGCAAAGCAAAUGAAGGAUACAGUGGGAGCUAACUGUGGAUGCUCUUGGAUUUAACAGUCGGUGCCUGCAAAAACAAAGAUUCAGUCAAACUUAUGGCGUGAAGGGCCCAUUCUUGGCCUUCGUCACUCACAGCUAAUGGAUGUCUUUACCCAGUAUGCCUACAAUGACAGCUUCUAUGAAAACGGAACAUGGGGCUUCAACGAAACCGGUCGGGAGCAAAAGCACCCUUACAACUACUACGCCAUGCUGCUCACUCUGCUCAUCUUCGUCAUCGUCUUUGGCAAUGUGCUGGUGUGCAUGGCUGUGUCCAGAGAAAAGGCUCUGCAGACCACCACCAACUACCUGAUUGUCAGCCUGGCUGUCGCUGACCUUCUGGUGGCCACGCUGGUCAUGCCCUGGGUCGUCUACUUAGAGGUGGUGGGAGAGUGGCGCUUUAGCAAGAUCCACUGUGACAUCUUUGUCACUCUGGAUGUGAUGAUGUGUACAGCCAGCAUCCUCAAUCUCUGUGCCAUCAGCAUUGAUCGUUACACAGCAGUUGCAAUGCCAAUGCUGUACAACACUCGCUACAGCUCCAGGAGAAGGGUCACAGUAAUGAUCUCUGUGGUGUGGGUACUGUCUUUCGCCAUAUCGUGUCCCCUGCUGUUUGGCCUAAAUAACACAGCUACUCGUGAUGAGUCUCUCUGUGUGAUUGCCAAUCCAGCCUUUGUGGUAUACUCUUCCAUUGUGUCCUUCUAUGUUCCCUUCAUCAUCACCCUGCUGGUUUAUGUGCAAAUUUAUGUGGUCCUGAGGAAGCGCAGAAAACGUGUGAACACAAAACCAAAGCUGCGUGCCUGUCAGGCUGCCGACCCUGAUGUGGGCGCGUCGCUGAAGGAUAAGUGCACUCAUCCAGAGGAUGUGAGGUUGUGCACCAUGAUUGUUAAAUCUAAUGGGAGUUUUCCUGUCAACAAGAAGAAAGUGAUAUUUAUCAAGGAUGUUGUCAACGAGGGGGAAGAUCUGGAGCUGGAUGAGCUCAACAACAGCGGCAGCAGCCAGAAACAGAAGCCCCAGCCACAGGGCGCUCUUGGAGAAACUCCAGCCACCAGCCACCAGCUACUGAUGCCGAACAAGGCCAGCGCUAGCCCCACUUCGACACCUCCUACGCCCCCAGAGGAGGGCCAGAAGGCAGAAAAGAACGGCAAUCCCGCAAAAGAGCCCAUCGGGGAUCCAGCACCCGUUGUAGCCAGGGCCUUCCAGACGCAGGCCUUACCUAACGGCAAGACUCAGACUUCUGUGAAAACCUUGAGCAAGAGGAAGAUCUCCCAGCAGAAGGAGAAGAAGGCUACUCAGAUGUUAGCCAUCGUCCUUGGUGUGUUCAUCAUAUGCUGGCUGCCGUUUUUCAUCACACACAUCCUGAACACCCACUGCACUAAAUGCAAGGUCCCGGCCGAAAUGUAUAAUGCUUUCACUUGGCUGGGCUACGUCAAUAGUGCUGUAAAUCCCAUCAUAUACACCACCUUUAAUGUGGAGUUCAGAAAGGCGUUCAUUAAGAUCCUGCACUGCUAAGGCACAACGUCGUUUAACCGAUCGGACUGAGGGAGAAGCGAUGAAUAAAAGCAUCUCUUCUGGCAAAUACCUCAUCCUAUUAAGGAAAACGCACCGCGGUGGGGAAACUGCUUUUUAACAUUGAGGAGUUAAGUGACUGAAAAACUGGUUCUAUAUGUGAAUUGUCUGUGGAGUCCUGUUCUCCAAAUCACUGAAUGUAAAACAAGAAAUGUCUGUAACGAAGACCUGUUUCAUGGAGAGAGGAAAAAAAAAAAAGUAAUAUUGGUCUCUGAAAUCAUUGUGCUUGUCACGUAAGGAGCCAUCUGUGUAUACCAAACACAUGCAAGUGGCAAACUGCUAUUUAUUGUCUGUGUACUUUAUGUUUUGAUGACGGAAAACAAGCUAUCAAGUCAGUGUUCAUGGCAGUGUUACAACUGAAACGUCAGCUCUUACUCUCGAAAUCUAUCACUGAUCGGAAUGUGUGUAAAUGACAAGAGACGAUUUACUUGCUGUAUAAUGUGGCAUUGCCAAUAUCUGCAUUUUUUCAAUUUUAUAAAGUCUAUUAUUAUUAAUAUUAUCAUAAUUAUUGUUAUUAUUAAUAAUAUUAUUUGCUGUACUAUACAUAGCUUCUCUUAACACAUUAACUGUGACUAUAUGCCUGCAAUGGAUAUGUGAUGCAUGCUACACUGCUCCUCUACUUGACUUUUCAUGAAAUGUGUGUUUAAGAAAAAAAAAAAUACUGCAAAAUAUCUCCAAUAAAUGACGUUAAGGUACAUCGUUAAGUGCCACAUAAAAUAUCAGUGUUCACUGUGUCUAUACAGAUAGACCCAUAAAUGGCAUGUCCUUAUUCAGCAGUGUCUCUGUUAUUCCCAGGAUUGGUCUGCAGGUUGUUGGUAAUGACCUGCAUGCGAACUGAGCAGCUUCCAGGUGUAAUGGGUUGAAUCAUGACAAGGUGCCCAGCUCCUGAGGCCGCUCUCCGGGUGGGGGAACAACUUUAAACACAGCAAUACAUUUAUGUAUGGUUGUUUGGGGCGACAGGACUUGCAACAUGUUCAGUUCAACUUUUGAAGACACUAUCCACAAAGAAAUGGUCACCUCUUGAUGAAUAUUAGCCAUAGACUGCUGGUGACUUAGUGAAACCACAAACCCCUACAUUCAGGACUCAAAAAUAAAACAAAAAAUGUGAAUAUUUAGGGGAUUAGUGUGCAGAAGACAUGCACAUCCCUAAAGCUCUCUAGCUCCAUAGAAAUAGCCAAUAUGAUAAAUACAGUUUUUUUAAUACGUUUAGAUAAAAUACAAUCAGGGCUAAAGUGGCUCUUCAUCAUCAGGUACAGAGUUAUCAAAAUGACUCGUAUUGUGUGCCACUGAAAAGUAAAGAAGUACGAUGUGGGAAGAAGAGGAAUCAAAUUUGAUAUAUGCUACCAGUCAAAAAAUUGGGUCACACCUUCUCAUUCAAUUCAAUGAGAAAGUGUGUUUUGACUGGAAGUGCAUAUACUGACUUGAUAAUUGCGUUCAUACACAACUUUAUUCCUCUGGUUGCUCUUAUUCAUAUGUUGUUAUUUAUUACCCAACACACACCGAAGUCCAUUUGAUAGCUCUGUACCUGAUGUUGAGAAAAUCUGGGCUAGAAAUGUGACACUAUUUGUAAUAACGUGGUUUCUCGCCAACCGGUGUGUGUGUGUGUGUGUGUGUGAGAGAGAGAGAGAGAGUGUGAAAAACUGACAAAUAAAAAUAAAGAUUCAAAAUCAAACUUUCUACGUGGUGUCAUGUACACAUGCCUAUAUUGUGCUUUAGGAGUAAGAAUUCAUAUCCACAUGUCUUGGACCAGUAGGAGAUAGGGUAGCGUCUUUGUACCAGCUCUCAUGAAUAGCUGAUUCUUUCAUUUGAGCUUAACAUCAAUCUUUAUGAUGACCCGAGUCAGACCAGAGACGAUCUAGUAUUGCAUCAGGGAAUAAAAAAUCAUGUAGGACUACAGCCAGCAACAACAACACGAUAUUACAUUUCUUCUGCUGCUGUUAGCAAUUCCCCGCUCAUGACUAGAGCAACAGAAUGAAAAAUGUUUGCUUUUCAAGGCACUUAUCAAAUCGGUGAGUGAUGUACCUGCCGGUAGCAUAUACUGGAUAGUCAGGACAUGGACCAUUCGACUGUUUCUGCUGCGUCAGGAGACCUGACGUUUUUCGAAAAUGUAAAUGAGUGGCAACAGUGCAGAAAGUGUUGGCAGUACAGCUGAACUAUGAUUGAUAAAACAUGGAUUUAUUCUAUUUUUCUUCUUUGUUCUUUUCCUCAUUUUCUUUGGUGAAAUGCAGUUACGCAUCAUGUUGGCUUUGGAGGACGAGGCUGGUCAUUUAAAGGCAGACGCCGCUAUGAAUAAGCUUAGCUUGGCAUUAAGACUGGAAACGGAUGACAACUUCUAUUUUAAAAUAUUCUAUUCAAUUACUUUCAUAUAAUUGUUUUAUAAAAUGAAUAAAAUCUAAACAACAGGAAUGGGCCUUUAUGAGUCUAGCUAUUUUUUUGGAGCGAGAAACAAGAUGUAGCAUAUUACUGAAUGAGCUGGUCUCAAGCUGCAGGAGAUUUGGGCCAUAAUCAUCCCUUAAGAGAAAUAACAUUCUACUAUAGUCAGAUUUUCUCCAACCAUUUUUUCACCCAUACUCGUUUGACCUUUGAUCUAUUUGUUUUUGUUUUUUUCCCCCACACUGAAAUGUAAUAUAUGUAUUAUAAAGUUAUAAAAUAUGUCUUAAUAUGCCAAUUAUUUUUCUUCUUUUGGUUUAACUGGCAGAUGUGUUUUGGGAAUUUUCUGUUGAAAUAAAAGAAAUAAGAACA